ACUCACCCCACUUCAUGCGGCUAUCAACAUUUCGGAAACCAACCAGGAAAGAGGAACAUGAUAGGAAUUCAAAAUGGGGCUAAAAGACCGGUUUAAGAAAAAAUUCAAAAGAGAGACGCCGACUAAUAGAUCCAGUAAUCAAAACAAUACUGUCAAGUUGGGCGAUGCCCAAGAAAAUGAAACGGCUCAAAGGCCCAAAGUUCGAAUAGAAGAUACGCCAAUCAGCGAGCUUUGGAACGUGGCAUAUGAAAACCUACGAGAGGAGGACGGUGCUCUUAUCGCCGAGUAUGAGAAGAGCUUCCAGCGCAACAUCGCCGCCGGAUUGAGGGAAAGCCUCCAUCUGAAGCCAAAUAUGAGAGACCAGCUGCGAACAGUCUUGGAAGAGAGAAUGAACGAAGUCAGCAAAAAAGCAUCAAAGCUUGGCAAAACUGAGGUCCCGGCAACAGAGGCUGUGCAGCUCAUUCUAAAGAUUGUAGAUUCGGCCAACGACUACAUCAGUAGUGCCGCGAGCGCCAACCCAUACACCUCGAUUGCGUGGACUGGCGUCAGCCUUAUGCUUCCACUUUUGAUGAACCCAUCCAAGCAAAGGGACUCUUUAGCGAAAGCGUUGGGGGACAUUGCAUCUCUUAUCACGCAGAGUAUAAUGAGAGAAGAGUUUUACAACGAGUGUUAUAAACCAGGCUCGAGCAGUCAUGAAACAUUCCGACUAUCGCACGGCCAAUACAUGGUCGCCUUAGAGAGCCUUUAUAGGCAAAUUUUAAAAUUUCAAGUCAUAAGCUGUUGCUACUACUCCAAAAACUCAGCUUUCCGUCUCGGUCUUGAUGCUGUUAAAUGGAAUGAUUGGAGUCAACUGCUCGCUGAGGUUCAUGAAAAGAAUAACAAUUUCAUCGCUGUUGAAACCAUUAUGCGAGAUAUACGGCUCCAUGAGGAAUCCAUCGCGGCUGAAAAUCGGCACCAAGCAGCACUGGCAGAGGCAAACGCGAGCAAGGAAGCUCAAGAUUAUACCGGGCUGCUACGAUGGCUUUGCGAUAUCGACCCGUCCUCGAUGUACAAUGCUGCGCGCGAUAAGCAUGAGGCUGGCACAUGUGGAUGGCUAGUACAAGAUAGUGAUGAGUUCAAGGCUUGGGAAGAAGGCAAGAGCUCGUUAUUGUGGCUUCACGGCAAAGGCAUGUCUAGUGUUUUUGCUUAUUUGAAUGGCAACAGUUUAUCUGCUGAGAAGACUGGCUCAGGUAAAUCAAUUUUAAGUUCUUCAGUCAUCAAUCACUUGCAAGACCGUCAUGCCUCAAAGCCUUCAACCGCACUGGCCUACUUCUACUUCAGCUUUAGUGAUCCCAAGAAGCAAAAUGUUGAUGGCAUGCUGGCAUCUCUUGUGAAGCAGAUCAACUCCUGCCAGCCCAACAAACAAAUACUCCAGCGUCUUGGCGAUUAUAUGGCUAAAGAGCAGCGUCCUGAUAUCAAAACACUCCAAGAGGUCUUAAUGACGUCCUUGGAUGGGUUUUCAGAUGUCUACGUUGUAAUCGACGCCUUGGAUGAGUGCCCGAUGCUCAAUGGGCGCCGUGAAAAGCUGCUUAAGAGUUUACGUUAUAUCCUAGCCAAUGCACCUGAUAGCCUCCACGUGUUUUUAACAAGCCGCAAGGAGCCUGACAUUGACGUUAAGAUACGUGCUCACUUGUCUGAGCCUUUGAAAAUCGAAAUUGACUUAUUAGCUCAUCGGGAGAUUCUCAAUCGCGAUAUACUCCAUUAUAUUGAUUCAAAACUGGCAAGUGAGGAUUUCCAGUCUUGGCCAGAGAGCAUAAAAAUGCAAGCGAGAAACUCGUUAAUAGAUAAAGCAGAUUGCACGGCGGUACCCAGGUUUCAAUAUGUCCAGUGUCAGUUUGAAAUACUCCAAAAUCUGUCAUCUGAGAGCUUGAUCCAUAGGGCUCUGGAAAACCUUCCUGCAGGACUUGACGCAACUUAUGACAGAAUCUUUACGAAUAUUAAUUCCGAUUUCAAAGAUCAAGUUAUAAAUUCACUGAAAUGGCUGGCCUUUUCAAUGAAAACUUUAACUCUUGGGCAGCUCUCUGAGAUAUUCAUUCUUCGACUACACGGCGAUGUUGUCAUUGAUGAGGCUGAGCGUCUCUUUUCCCCUGAAGACAUACUCAAGUAUUUUUCUGGCUUAAUUGUCACCCAAAAGGGCCGCAACUCGGUCAUUGAAGUCCGUCUAGUCCACUUCUCUCUGAAAGAGUAUUUCAUUUCGACUAGGAUUGUGGAAAGCGCCCCGGCCUUUGCAUUUACUGAGAUCGAGGCACAUAUCUCCAUUGGGCGCUCGUGUCUCGCCUAUCUCGCCCAAUUUAGCACCGAGAUCGCAAGGCAAUUUCAACAUCAGGUCUCGGGCUUGGCGAAAUAUAUGCUCGACUAUUGGAUGAUCCAUCUCGAAGAGAUUCCGUGCGCAAGAUGGCCGCCUAAGAUGGCACAGGAUGCUGCUCUCGUGCUUGGCGCCCACAGCCAAUCUUUCCUCAACCAACUCCUUAACCAACUUGGAAUAAAUCGUGAAUUCCAUAAUGUGAACAUUCCGGACUUUCUACGACUGCAAUCAUAUGGCUAUACUGCCUGGCUCGGGCUGUGUCGGUCGACCCAGAUGCUGGUGUCUCAGGAGCUAAAUGCGUACAGCACUCAAGAAGACUUGGAUGUAGCGCUCCAAUAUGCGGCCUCUGAAGGGAAUAUAGAGGCGAUGAAGACCCUUCUUGAAGCUGGCGCUGACGCCAAUGCAGAGGGCGAGAAAUGGGGCUCGGCUUUGCUCGCAGCAGCAUCAAAAGGCAAACUGAGUGCCCUGGAGCUUCUUGUGAAAUUCGGAGCGAAUGUUAAUGACCCGUCGGAAAGAGGGAGAUGCUUGCUCACCAGCAUAAAGGAGGAGCCUAUUCAAUGCCUAAAGUUCCUCCUUGAUAGUGGUGCUGACAUCGAUAUGCAGGGCAGCUCUGAUGGUACGACGCUUUACAAAGCAAUUGGCAGCAAUCGGUUUUCCCUGUGUAAGCUACUGUUGGAAAGAAAUGCAAACGUAAACGCUGUUGGUGGAGAGUAUUACACGCCGCUUCAGAGAACAUGUAUACGCGGUGGUGUACCUCAAAUUCUUCAUUGGGUUGAAACUUUGUUGGAGAGAGGCGCAGACCCCAAUAUUCGGGGGGGAGAGCUUGGCACAGCACUACAAGCUGUGUGUCACCAUGGAGCUGCGGGAAUGAUUUCGGUGGUACAGCUUCUCAUUGAACAUGGCGCUGAUGUGAACAUUCGUGGAGGGUUGUACGGAUCAGCAUUCAAUGCAGCAGCAAGUUCCAUGUCAUCCGAGGCUGUCCAGAUUAUGAAGCUGCUCGUCGAUAAUGGCGCCGAGAUCGACCAACAAGGAGAUGGAGAGUUGGGAGCGGCGCUACAUAUCGCCUGCAACGAAGGAUCAACAGAGACUGUGCGCUGGCUUCUCGACAACGGCGCCGAUGUCAACGAAGAGAGUGGCCGAUUCGCUACGCCGCUUCAAGCUGCCGUGGCUGGGGAACCCUGGGAUAGAGAGCAAGAAGUGCUGGAUAUAGUAGAGCUGCUCAUGGAAAGGGGCGCCCGAGUCAACCAACAAGGUGGAGAGUAUGGAACUGCGCUGCAGGCCGCCUACUGGAACUGGGAUGUUGAUGACCAACUGUGUGGCUUGCUCCUUGAGCAUGGCGCUGAUGUCAAUAUAACAGGCGGAAAAUACGGAUCUGUGCUUGCUGCGGCCUGCGGAAACCGUCGAUUAGGCGUUGAAGGCGUGCGUCUGCUGCUGGACCGCGGCGCUGAUGUGAACGCAGAUGGCGGCGAAUAUGGAAGCGCACUUAUAGCUGCCUGCGCACGACUGAGGGGAGAAGAUGCUGUCGAGAUGGUACAAUUGCUGCUCGAUCAUGGUGCAAAUGUAAAUACAGAAGGCGGGAUAUAUGGAACAGCACUUGCAGCUGCUUGCACUCACGGGGCGAGUCACGGGGUGAGUCUUGGGGUGGUUUCACUGCUGCUGGAGCGCGGUGCUGAUCCGCGUCGUCGGGACUGUCUAGCCUGGCAUAUGGCUGCUCUGUUAGACAGCAGCGAUGCCGUUCCUAUUCUCGACCUUUUCCUUGACCAUAUCGACAUCAACCACGUGCAUGAAGAAUAUGGGACAGCUCUGCAUGCGGCCAUUGAAUGUUGGAGUCUAAGCUAUGAUCAUUUAAUGCCACUUAGAUACGAAACUGCCCGCUUGCUUCUUGAGCGCGGCGCUGAUGCUGACAUCAUGGCUGGGGAAUUCGGCUUCCCGCUCCAAGCAGCAUGUGCGGCAGAAUACAGGCCUAAACCUUACGGCCAGUAUUUUACUGACAUCGACUACCCCUGCGUCAAGACAAAACUGCUUCUCGAGCAGCGCCCCAACAUCAACGUCAAUGCCCAAGGAGGCAUAUUCGGCACGGCCCUUCAGGCAGCCGCAUAUUCAGGUCAGACCGCAUCCGUAAGGCUGCUGCUGGAUAAGAAAGCCGACUGCAAUUUGCGCGGAGGAAAGUAUGGCAGCGCGUUCAAUGCGGCCAUCAUCCGCGGGAACUGGCAUAUUGUCGAGAUUCUGCUCAAAGCGGGUGCCACGCCUGAUUGUCGCCUGCAAGCCGAGCCGGAUAAGGAGUGGCUGCAGCGUGUUCGAGAAGAAGAUGGCCGAGGGGCUUAUGAGAGGUAUAUGAAGUUUUGGGAGGUUCAGAGCGCCUCUGAUUGCAUUUCGACGUGAUGUAUGAUGGUGGCAGUGUAAGCAUUCGUUGUUGUCUUGUACUUAUUCCUCUUAGAGGCUUUGUGUAUUCAUAUGACAAUACUAGAUAGCAGCUCCCAAUGUCAUGAAUAGUAUUUGGCAGCUGGGCAGCAACUUGCUCUAUCUGAGUAGAGAUGAACGGUUCAGAGCGCCUCUGAUGGCACUUCG